AAUAAAAACUCUUUACAAUAAAUUAUGUCUGCCUGUUUCAAUUUACCAAACUUCUUUUGAUUAAAAUCUUUGGAACCAAAUUAAAUUUUAAUUACACGAAAAUGUGUUUGUAAGAAAAGAUAGUAUCAUUCAUCACAUGUAAUCUCUACGCCUCUUAAUCCUCUCUUCCCUCAUCCACUGCUUCUUUUUUUAAUAACCCAUUUCAUCUCUUUCCCCUUUUACGCUCUUUUCUUUCUUCAUUUUCUGUGGAAAUUUUCAGAGCUUUUCUGUGUAAAUUAAAGAGUUCUUUUUUGAAGGAAAUAGGCAAUCUCAUCCUGAGAAUCAAACAACCGGAAAAUUCAAUAAAUGAAACGCCUUUAAUUGUUUUUUCUUACAAAACUUCUAAGCAGAUUACUUUGGCGGAGACCCAUCUGAUUGGUAUUUUUGCAGAUAUUCCGUUCUUGGAGUACCAACUGGCCUGGAGCUACAUUCCUUAGCCUGGAGUAAAUAAUAGGCUGACCCUUUGAAAUCAACAUGGUUUCCUCAAGAACUUAAUAACUUUUCGCUGGUUUCUGUCCUGGAGCGUUGUUGUGUGUUUGGUCAGAGGUAUUAAUAAGUCCAAUGCAAGGUCCACGAAGCACUGGUGAUUCAUCGACUGGAAUAAAUUAUGCAGAUGGAGAACCCAUCUGUAGCACCAAUUCAGAGACUACUUCCAAUAACAUCCUGAAUCCAGUGGAUGUUCAGUUUCCAAACAAUACUACAGGUUCAGGACGACCAACUUACGCAAGCUCUAGCUCGCAUGUUGUUCAAAAUCAUAACUGGUGGAGUUUUGGUGAAUCCAGCUCUAGAUUGGGGCCUUCUGAUCAUUUAAAUUCCAAUGGUUCAAAGACUGAUCGACAGCUUCUCUCAGAUGGCUAUGGAUUUGAGGAAGGGCAAUCAGGUAUGUUGUUACCUGGAGAGUCCUUUUUGCGUGGGUCAAGCUCUAGUCAUAUGUUAAGUCAUGUAAAUCUGGGCAAGGACAUGGACAUUGGUAGUGGUCUGCAGACUUCUGGGGUCGUUAUCCGCCAUAAUAACUGCGAGACUUCAUUGGGAAGCUCAAGUCAAACCGCAGAGGAGAGAAGCAGUGGUCCAGGUUCUUCGUUGGGUGGUCUAGGUUCAUCCUGCAAAAGAAAGGCUCUUGAAGGAGCUCCUAGCCAUUCUUUCCCUGGUGAAAGUCAUGGUUGCUUUUUUCAAACUGAGAAUGGUGCUUGGAAUGAGGGUCUUGCUCAAUAUGAUGCUUCAAGUAGCUUAAGUUUGUCUAUGCCCUCACAAAAUUCUCCAAAUGUUAAUAAUCAGUCUGGUCUACCAGAACCAAGAUUUGGAUUGGGUGGUGGGAGAGCAGUUACAGCAAGUGCUUUUCCUUCUACAAGAAGCACGGAAACCAUCUCUAGACCUGGCAGGCGGUUAAAUCCUGGGCAGCCACCAGAGUCAGUUGCAUUCAGCUUCACACAGUCCGGUAGUUCUGUGCGUCAGCAACAGCAGUUACCAGCAACUUCUCCUUUUGUUGACCCUCUGGAUGCAAGAGCAAUACCAGUUACAGGUAGCUCAAGCAGUGGUGAUGGUCAGCCAAGUAUGAUCCACCUUCCUGCAUUGACAAGAAAUAUACACCAAUUUGCUUGGAGUGCUUCGUCUAGUUCGAGAGCAAACAGUAUGCCUGAAGAGGGAUUGUCACCAUGGGACGCGCCAAGAAUAAACUCAGAGCAGCCAGUCUUUACUACACCUGCAAAUGAAACGAGAAAUCCAGUGCAGGAUCAGUUUUGUUGGAGUUUCACUCGUGGAAACCCUAGUACAUCUGGAGAUUCUCCCUUUGUUCCUCGAGCAGGAUCGAGUUCAGGGAUCCAUGGUUUGCAGCCGAAUCCCACUUGGGUUACUCCCCAUAAUCAAUCAAGAAUAUCAGAAGUUGCUCCGUGGUCUUUAUUUCCUAGUAUCGAAUCUGAAUCUGCUACUCAUGGUGCUUCUCUUCCAUUACUACCCACAGGGCCUUCUGUUUCCUCGAAUGAAGCUGCAGCGCCGUCUGGAUCUAGUAGUCGUAGUCAUCGCUCUCGACAAAGAAGAUCGGGAUUAUUACUGGAAAGGCAAAAUGAUCAUCUCCAUUUGCGUCACUUAGGAAGAAGCUUAGCUGCUGAUAAUGAUGGAAGGAACCGGCUGAUUUCCGAGAUACGGCAGGUGUUGAGUGCCAUGCGAAGAGGGGAGAAUUUACGGUUUGAGGAUUAUAUGGUAUUCGAUCCACUGAUCUACCAAGGUAUGGCCGAGAUGCAUGAUAGGCAUCGGGAUAUGCGUCUUGAUGUUGAUAACAUGUCAUAUGAGGAGCUAUUGGCACUUGGGGAACGCAUAGGAGAUGUGAGCACUGGUCUAAGCGAAGAGGUGAUCCUGAAAGUAAUGAAACAGCACAAACAUACAUCAUCCGCUGCUGGCUCUCACCAGGACAUGGAGCCUUGCUGUGUCUGUCAGGAAGAGUAUGCAGAAGGAGAUGAUCUUGGAACACUGGGAUGUGGUCAUGAAUUUCACACUGCCUGCGUCAAGCAAUGGCUGAUGCUCAAGAAUCUCUGCCCAAUUUGUAAGACUGUGGCUUUAUCGACAUAAAAGCACCGUUCCUUCAUCCUCGUCCUCUUUCCCUAUCUCCUCCCAACCUAUUGUGAUCCUUGAAAUGAAAGAAAAAAGGAGAAAAAGAGAUCGCGUAAGAGGUCGCUUCUGUCUUACCCGCAUUGAUAUCAAGAGAGAGUUGAAACAAGGAAGGGCCUGUGAUGAAUGAUCGAUCCUUGUGUGGAAGCAUCAUGUUGAAUUACAUAGGAGAAGAGAAUAAUAACUAUCAAUUGACUCAAUCUUUUGAAUUGUUGGAUUAUGAUGAUAAGUCAUUGUUUAUUGUCAGUCAACUCAAAUCUGAGGUACCAAUUCUGUAUUUGAGAGUGUCAUUGCUCUUUAGCUUUAAUAUUUUUCAGGUAAUUUUUGUUGAUUCGUUAUCGUUUGAUUGUUGCGGUAAAUGAAUUCUAUUGUGAAAAAGGGAAA